AUGUCGAAACUCUCACCGACACUCAAAGCGCUGAUCAACGCGACACACGCAAAGCCCGAUAUGCUACGGGCACCGCCCAACAUCCGCAAGACGUUCUCGCGUAUCGCCGAGUCGGCGGCGCGCAAGAACGUCGGACUACCGGCAUGGGUCACCAUCUCAGCCGCGACGACGAUGACACUGAACUCCCCGUCAUCUCUCGUCGAGCUCUACCACUACACCCAGUCGCUCCCCAACGCCCCACCGGGGCCCCAGGCGAUCGAACUGAUCCGCGAAGUCGGGCUGAAAUGCAUAUCCUUCAACGGGAUCCCGCGCUCGAUCAACUGCCUGGGCGCGUUCCGCGAGGGCCUGCCCCAGGACGUGUUCAAGCAGGUCCAGCCGCCGCCGUCGCGACAGCUCACGCCGCAAAACCUGCAGGACCGCCUGAAAAACGGGUGGAACCUGUGGGCGUCGGUGUACUACCCGUUCGAGCACAAGCUGUACGACAAGCUGGCAGCCUCGCACCCGAACCUGCCCGUGCACAUCCUCAACGCGCACUACGGCACGCUGCUCGCAAACCCGCCCACCCCCGAGACGUCUGUGAAUGUCGGGCGCGUCUUGACUUCCCUUGUCGCCAUUUCGUGCUUACGGUCCCAGACCGGCGUCGGCCCACAGGUCGUCAGCCACUGCUUUGGGCUGCGUAAGGCGUUCGAGGAUGGCUCCGCCGAGAAGGACGUCGAGGGCGGCGAGUGGCUCGCCACCGACGAGGGCAACCAGUGGAUCCUAAACGCCGUCGACGAGAUUGUCCAAGCCUUGAGCGAGGGCGCCGGCACCACCUUCGCUCCCGGCUACAAGGCGGCUGAUACGCCCAGGGCCAAGUUGUAG